AUGCCCUCGCCGCCGCCGCACCUGCCAUUAGACCGCAAAGAUAGCCGUACUCAAGUUGUCCGCCACCUCCGAGGUUGUAAUGCUUGUGGGCACAUGAACAAGACAUCAUGGGCCGCGCUCCUUCCUCUCUUAUCAGAAAACAGCAACAGCAACAGCAACACCACCCGCAACACCACCACCACUACCACCACUACCACCACCAUCACCACCACAAUGAACGACACUACCAGCAACGUUGCCAAGGAGCAAGACUGGGCGGCUUCAGUCGAGCAGGACCUCAAGGGCGAGGUGACUGAGCCGUCCUCGUCUUGGGACAACGCCGCCGUCGACAACUCUUGGGCGGUCUCAGCCGAGCAGGACCUCACGGGCGAGGUGGCCGAGCCGUUCCCAUUUUUUGAGCACGACGACGAAGAAUACUGGGAGGACGAGGCCGAAGAAGCCCCCUCCAAGAACGACAAGAAAGACGAGGACAAGGAAGACGAAGGCCCCCCCGUCUGGUCUCUAUAUCCGGACGAGGUUUACCCUCGUCGGCUUUAUGCCCACCCCCAUCCGACCCGCCCCCGACCCUCUGACCCCAAGCCCGAGCCUGCAAAGGUGUACGUCAUGGUCGAAGACAACAAGGCUGACGAGGGGCUGGAGCAUUCCGUCUAUCCCUGGUUCAUCACCAUUACACGUGAUCCAGGAGCCGACUGGCAGCCAUACUGUGCCCAGCAAGACGGCCCUGAGAAAGAUCCUCAUACGGCCGGAAGGCUCAUCGAACCGAAGAAGGGUUUCGCCGACUUGUACCCAAAAGGCUUUCAGAUGCUCGUCGGCAACCAGGACAAGGCCAAGAAACCCCUGGACACGAAGGAAUGCUUGCCUGGCGCCUCGCGAGCGUUCUAUGGCUGGAUCCCUAAGCGCUUCAUGCCCAAGCGAGCGACCAUCGGAUACUGGGGCUUUGACGGGGACUGCAUGGACAGACAAUUUCGGGGGCUGCCAGCCACAAGCAGCGACGACAAACGGCGGAAGCAACCGCGCAAGAUGGCCUCGUCGGCUGGGACUGUUUUCCGGAGCCCGGAGGGCAAUACCAUGCGGCUCUCGGUCAAGCUGCGGGAAGAAAAGGAGGCGGAGCAGCAUCAAGCUCGGCAAACUCAGCACCCCUCCGACCCCUCCGACCCCCUCCUUCCCGCCCCCUCGCAGCGAGCACCUCGAGUGGAAGACGAGGCCAGCCUCCGGGCGCUGGACACAUCUUUCGCGCUGCUGAACGAUGCAACCUUGGAGGAUUACCUGGAGCAAAGGGGCCUCGCCCAAGAUUAUGCGGCGGUCGUCGAUGGCUUGCGCCAACUACGCGAUCGAUGUCGCCAGGACUCGACCGAGCUGCAACGCACCGACCCCAACCCUCGCCCCUCGCCCCUCGCCCACUCUCGCCUCUGCCGCCAUGCCUCAUCAACGUAG